AUGUGGCAGGGCGAAAUGCAAACCUGCGAUGAUAAUCUAUCCGUACCUCGCGACAAUAUCCAGUCUUGUACUCUGACUUCCGUAUUCAAGACACAGGCAAAAGAGAUGAUGAAUGCAAAGGUCACUUUUUCGGCUUUCUUUUCAAUUGCGGCUAUCAUUGUUUCGAAUAUCAAAGUUCCACCUUUGCUCAUUUUUGUCUGGAACCUACUUGCGAUAAUUCCGUUGUCAAUCACACUCACCGAAGCUACCGAACUAAUAUCCCGAGAUUUGGGUGAGACAGCCGGUGCUCUUCUCAAUAUUAGUGUUGGGAAUCUGGCAGAGCUCAUUGUUUUCCUAACCGCCCUGCUGAAGAACGAGAUCAAAGUAGUUCAAUUAUCACUACUUGGCUCUAUACUCGUAAAUCUUCUCCUUGUCCUCGGGUCCGCAAUCAUAGCAGGCUCUAUCACCUCACAGAACCUAACUUAUAACACCGAACCAACCCACUCCUUUGUGGGCCUCCUCAAUCUUACAACCUGCUGCCUUGUGAUUCCAAGUGCUUUUUACGGGAUAGUGAAGAAUACUGAAUCCGCUGAUCACAUGUCGUUAGAGUUCAGCAGAGCUGUCUCAUUUAUCCUCCUUGGAAUCUACUUCUUGUAUCUUUUUUUCCAAUUCAACUUCCAUCCUGGUCUGUUUACGCGGCGUGCUAUUUCAAGCGCAGCCGAGCCACUCGGGAGUACUUGUCGGAGUCUUACAGAUAUCGAAUCACAGCCUACAAGUGUCGGCGCACGCGAGGAAGAAUCUUCACCACAAAUGCAGCAGGCAGAGCGAUCCACUUCUCCAAUUUUCUCUAGCAUACAGAUUGAAUCAACAUUGCCACUGAUUCAAAUGGAGGCGGAAAGAGCUGGAGUUUGUCCCCUCCAAGGAAGUAACAACCUUGACAAGAACCACACAGGAUGUCGCUGUGAUUACAACAUUGUAUUAGCAAACCGCACGCUAGCGUGUACUCUGCUCGUCACCUCCACAAUACUAAUCGCCAUCUGCGCUGAAUACUUCGCCUUGACGCUCGAGUUACUGAACGAACAAGGAAUAUUGAGCGAAUCAUUUGUCGGGCUCAUCAUCAUUCCUAUCGCCGGAAAUGUUGCUGAGAAUGUCACAGCAGUGGUUGUCGCCGCGAAAGACCAGAUGGAUCUCGCAAUCAGUGUUGCUCUGGGAUCGGCUAUUCAAAUUGGCCUUUUAGUGUCUCCUCUUGUGAUUUUAAUGGGCUGGGCACUUGGGAAAUCUAUGACUCUAAGCUUUGAUGGCUUUGAACUAGUCACACUGGUUGGUGCAGUUCUUUUAGUGAGUUUUAUCGUUUUGAAGGGAAAGACCAAUUAUUUGGAAGGGUCUAUAUUAUGCGCUUGUUUCGCGGCUGUUUCGUAUGUUGGCCCCAUUCUGGACAGCGUAGUCAAUUUCUCACAUCUAACUAGUGUCGGGGCGUUUCUUCUGCCUGAAUGA